AUGCCACAGCUCUCAGCUUUUCCUGACCAUGUUGGGCUGUUGUCAAAGCUGCGAACACUCAAUCUGGAGAUGAAGGAGCUCACAAGUCUUCCUCAUUCCAUCGCUCUGGUUACCACGCUUCAAGAACUUUCCUUGGAUAAUUUCUGGAACCUGCCGUCUCUGCCCGAGGAGUUCGGGCAGCUGAGUGCUUUGGAAACUCUGCACCUGAAAAACCUUUGCCAGCUCACACGCCUGCCUGAUUCCCUCGGGCAGUUGACAGCUCUCCGGGAGCUGAAAAUAGAGGAGUGCGGGCAGCUGCGGCAACUUCCGGACACCCUAUCCCAGCUGUCGUCUCUCGAGCACCUGGAGAUUAAGACGUGCACGGGCCUCACCGCGCUGCCAGAUGAAAUAGGGAACGGCCUGCACUGUUUGCGUUAUCUGCAUCUGAACCGCUGCUCAUCCCUCACCCACCUCCCUCCAACCUUCUCCGGCCUGACUUCUCUCCAAACCCUCAAGAUUAUCAAAGCGAAAGGCUUUAGAGGCACCCUACUAGACGGCUUCUGCUGCCUGAAAAGCCUCAAGGAGUUGGUGCUUCAGCACAUGCUCCGCCUAUCCGCCCUUCCUGACCCCUUCUCCGGCGCUUCUUUACUCACCAGCCUGGAUAUUUUGAACUGCCCUAAAGUAACGGCUCUGCCAGAGGGAAUCGGACGGCUGGAGGCGCUCGAGGUGGUGAAGAUCGCACGGAUGGACGGCUUGAAGCAUCUCCCUGGGUCGCUGGUUAGGCUGCCCCGCCUGCGCGUGCUGGAGGUGCGGGCAUGCUGUGGGGUUGGCGCGCUGCUAGGGGAUGAAGUGGUGGCCGAACGCAUUUCCAGUGAUUUCUGGAAGCUGACUUCCCUCCAAACGCUGGUGCUCCUGGGGCUGAAGCAUGUGCGCAGCUUGCCAGAGUCGUUGUCUAGGUUGCCUAAGCUGCAGGUGCUGCGGGUGAUUGCGUGCCACAAGCUGGCACGGCUGCCGACUGCUCUCGGGAGAAUGGCAACGUUGCGCGAGUAUGAUGUCAGGAAGUGUCCUCUUCUCCCUUGGCGAGACGGGAGGUGGGCUCCUGCAAGGGUGGAAGAGGGGGAUGGGGAGGAGGGAGAAGGAGUGGCGGUUGGUGAAGGAAAGGAGGACGGAGGGGAGGAGGGAGAGGGUGAGGAGGGUGGAGAUGCGGUAGGGGAAGGGGGAGGGGAGGAAGGAGGGGAGGAAAUAGAGGGUGAGGAGAGUGGAGAUGUAGCAGGGGAAGGGGACGAGGCGGACAGCGAGGCAGAGGAGGAUGCAGAGAGUUUGUUUGAGAGAUUGCAGAUCCGGCAUGACUAUGGCAGGGACAGUGAGGAUGACAGGUACGUCGACGAGGGGGGCUGGGGGUCGAGUGAUGAGGACGAGGAGGAGGAAGGAGGGGAGGAGGCAGAGGGUGAGGAGGGAGGAGAUGCAGCAGGGGAAGGGGACGAGGCGGACAGCGAGGCAGAGGAGGAUGCAGAGAGUGGUGGUGAGGAUUUGUGGAUCAUGCAUCGUUAUGGCAGGGACAGUGAGGAUGACAGGUACAUUGACGAGGGGGGUGAUGAGGACGAGGAGGAGGAAUAA